AGGGUAUAAUGAAGUAUAGAAAAUCAGUGUUUGUAGAAAAUCCAAAAGAGAUUUUCCCACAGAAAACAAGAAAUAUUGUUGUACUUUGAGCACAAAAGGGAGGAGGGAUAUUAUUCUUCUUGCAAGAAUUCAUUAUGGGGUUUUGGAAACUGAAGAGUUAUUUCCAAAAUUUCAGCUCUAUUUGGAUGCAACCAGGUGAUCUACUGUGACAGUGUUGAAUGCUUCAAGAGUUUAUGUGAAUGAAAUGAUCAUCAGAGCACCCUCGAGUUCCUUUGAUGUGUGCAUAUGCUGUGAGGUACUCAGAUCCUUAUGACAAAAUUUGGGAGUCAGAUCUUGCCAGCAGGCUACAUUAUCUUGUUGGAGAGGCCCCUGGCAUGGUGAGGAUUAGUACAUCAAAAGAUAUAGAUAUAAGAACAAGAGAAUACCCUCCUGUUAAAGUAAUGCAAACUGCGGUUGUUGGCACGGAAGGUGUACUGAGCUAUGGAUUAUACCUUGUAGAUUUUCCUGCCAAUGCUCCAGCUUAUGCAUACUUUGCAGAAAUUGAAGACUUGGGUGCAAAUGAGACUUGAAAAUUCAAAUUGCAGCAACCUUGCAUACAAGACUAUGGCAAUGCAGUAGAAAUAUUGCAGAGAAUGCCAAUGGAAGCUACACUUUAUAUGAACACAGCUACAUGAAUGUAACUCUCAGUUUUAUGCUGGCAAAACUGACUGGCAAGAUGGUAAGAUAAGAUCUUGUUGUUAGCUUUUAAUCUUCUCUUAGGUUACUGUUUCUUAAAAAGAAUUACAAAUAAGUCCGUGUUCCCUGCAAAUAUGCAGCAAACUUUAAAUGUGCAUGACAAGUAUGAUCUGAUGAAUAAUUGUCUAAUUAUACUUUUAAUUGCUAGUGGCCAAGUAAAUGAUAGAUUUCUUAACUGGAAACUUACUUUUCCAAAAUUUAUU